GGUUUUGAGUUGUAACCAGUUGUAACUCCUAACUUCCAACAACUUUUGAAUGGUUGUGAAUUUUAAUUACACCGAGUGUUUCUAGUUAGUUUGUGAAUUAAACUAAGUUUAAAAAAAUAUGAUCUAUUGAAUUAUGUGCCAAGUUUUAUUACUUCAGAUAGACAUUGGUUAUUAGUGAAUAGCUUAUUAUUUUCAUGAGAUGAUGCAAUUUAUGCUGCUGUUUAGCCGACAAGGCAAAUUGCGAUUGCAGAAAUGGUAUGUGGCCCAUCCAGACAAGCUAAAGAAGAAAAUAACUAGGGAGCUGAUCACAACAGUGCUUGCCCGCAAACCAAAAAUGUGCUCAUUCCUGGAGUGGAAAGAUGUUAAAGUUGUUUAUAAGAGAUAUGCAUCACUGUACUUCUGCUGUGCAAUGGAGCAGGAAGACAAUGAGCUCCUUACACUUGAACUCAUUCACAGAUAUGUGGAACUACUGGACAAAUAUUUUGGCAGUGUAUGCGAACUGGAUAUUAUUUUCAACUUUGAAAAAGCUUACUUCAUCUUGGACGAGCUAGUGCUUGGCGGUGAGCUGCAAGAGACUAGUAAGAAGAAUGUGCUGAAGGCGAUCGCGGCACAGGACCUGCUCCAAGAGGAGGAGGUUCCGCAGGGCUUCUUCGAUGACCACGGUCUCGGCUAAGAGACCUGCGCCGCAACCUCAUAUAAACGGACAGUUUUCGGGUACUUACUACAAUUAUGCAUGCAAUAUUUGUGUAACUGGCAGGUAAAAAAUAAACGAAGUGUUAGUAAUAAUACAAUAAAACAUUUGGAUAUUAUUUACAUACUUACAGAUUAUAUACUUCGUGUGUUUAUAUACUGAUAAUGUGAUUCCUGGAUAUGUUUGUAGGUUGUGGCUGCUAACUAAUAACGAGUAUAAUAUGAAAUUUUCAAAACUAAGUUGUAUAUUAUGUAGAGUCUGUUUCUAUAUAUUUUUAUUUUUUAUUAUUAUAUGCAGUGUUAUUUAUAUGAUCUAAAUAAAUAUAGUUCACAAAUGAACUAUACAAGGCUCAAUUUUUAGAAUAACGACUUAAAUUACUAUUUUUUUAAAAUAUGGAUCAAUAAGUUUUGAAAUUAAAUAAAUUGAUGUGACUAUUUUUAACCAUGUAUUUAAUUAGGUAGAGAAAUCAUAAAAAAAUUGCUUUCUAACUUUAUUCCAAAAAAAUUUGCUUAAAAUUGUUAUUUUAAAUUAUGUUGCAAAUGUGUCACGGUUGUUCGCAAUACUUUAAUCUCGUUACUUCGUUACAGUUACAGUAGCAAGACUUUUCAAAAUGAAAUCCGAUAGAGACAGAUGUUAUUUUUUUAAAACCAUAUCAGAACUAUUUAUUUGUUAAAACUAUGUAAUGUUAUUAAAUUAAUUUAAAAUAAAUACCAAUAAUGCUAUUUUGCCAGUAAUGAUAAUUGAGUCUCCUAACAUUAAAUGUUAGGAGUGGUUCACGAACGUAAUCGAAUGUCGGAUUCGAUGUUCGAAUCCGACGUUCGAUUACGGUCGUUAGAGUUCGAAAUUCGAAUUUCGAACCUACGAUUUUCCGAGUUUACAUUCCUCACACUAACCAUUAGGCUACUGUCGCUUCUUAAAUUAUCUUUCCCAUAACCAUAUAAAACGCACACACUGUGUACUCCUAUACUAUUUAAUUCUGUACAAGUACGUACGUAGGUAUAAAGUGAAUAUUUUAAGGAUUUUAAACAUUUUUGUGUAUUUUGAAACAUAUGAUGUACCUACCCUGUUUGUAUGAUUAUAUAGGGUAAUUAGUAAGCAUCCAACAGAUAGGAAUACAGAUAAGUAAAGAAAAUACUAUAGAACUAAAUACACGAAGGUGACAAAUUGUGUCAACAAAUGGUUGUUUCAUUUGAUAUUUUUGUUUUGGUUUCAUUGGUCGUUUAAGAUUUAGAACAAAUAUAAUUUCAAACAUCUUAGCAAAAAGUAACAUUAAAUAUUUUCUUAUUAAAAUCUUUGUUUAAGUACCUUAAUACAUGCCACUUACAUUGCAAAUUUGCUUAAGGUGAGAGUUUACGCUAAACCAUAAAAUUGUAUCUAUAGUAUAUUCUAUUAGUUUGUAUAUAUCCCGUUCGCAAAAUGUAAUGCUUUGAGGCGGCAACUAAUAACAUUUUAUUUCUAUUAUUAGGUAUAUUUAUUAUUGAUGAUUUUGAUAUAUUGUGAAAAUAUUUAUUAGUAUCUGUGCCAAAAAUGAUAUAAGUAAGGUUUAAUAAAAUAGAGCGAACUGAGUUUACUACAUGUCUCGGCUAAGUGAAUGUUAGAUUGGUCUCUUAAACAAUGUAUUACCAGUGUGAACGAGACUAUGAAAGCUUUCUUGUAACUCACGCACAUAACAGCGGAGUUCAGUUAUUACUUACUUAGUUACAAUAGAGUAAAUUAGACGAUGCCCGCGUCGGUAGUGCUAAAUAUCGCGUUAUUUUUUUAUGUGCUACUGAAGACUGUAGGUGAAUCCCGCCCUUGUUUGUGUGUGCUUUGAGAUACUUAUAUUAUGAGGCUUCCGCACACUCGUUCACUCUGGUAUUACUUGAUGUUGGUAUUACUUGAUGUUGGUAUUACUUGAUGUAAAGUCCUCGCAUUUUAUCUUGGUCGCGAGUGGCUGCGCAGAUGUAGCUUUUGAUGAGAUGUGAAAACGCAUAUUAAUUAUUAAUAAAUAAAUAAAUAAAUUCUCUUUAUUUCAGGCACAUUGCACCCAUAUUACAUACAAACAAAAAAUACAGUACUGUACAAAAUUACUUAAAGAAAAAAAAAUAUCUAAGUCUAAAUAGAUGUAACCAUCACGUCAAGCAGCUAUCUUAAGCUAUUUUUGAUAUAAGGCUGUGGCCGGCAGUCUAACCGCGAACUCACUAUAUCUUGUUUCUACACCCCCAACUAUGGACAUGAAUGAUGCGAUUCUAAAUCUUUGAAUGGCAUUAAACGUAAUAGUUCGUGCUUCGGCAAAUAUGCCCGAAACACUAAACUGGUGCAGUCGACGGAGCCACGUUUGCAGGAUUUAAAGUAAGGAAGUUCGAAGGGGUUGGCGGAGUCUAGUGAGCUAGCGAAGAGAGUGAACUUAACCUGUCUGUGCCCUAAGUCUCCGAGCUCGCUUCGCUCGCUUUUGCAUCCUAAGUUCUCUGGGCCCUUUUUACUAAUGUUAGCAAAUAAUACAAUUUAUGUUACAGCAUACCAAUUUUAUUUCAUCCGUUUAUAACUCACAAUUAAUUUGUCGUACAAAUAAUCACUUUUACUUAGUAUCUUCACUAUAUCUUUACACAAAAACACUCAAGUCUCUUAAGUCUAAAUACCUUACAACUGAAUGCCCCGCUUCGGUCGUGACGGCCAUCUUUUAUCUUCUCUUUUGUAGGAGUCAAAUCCGAAAUUAUUACAAUAAAAAUCUUACCGGAAAUUCAAAGCGACAAAAGCGAGAAGAGAAGAUUUCAAGAGAUAACUAAAUUAAAAUUAUGUCAUUCAAUAUAUGCUUAAUUGUUCUUUAUACUUAAUUGCUAACAAUCGGCCUUUCCUGACAUUUUCACGUCCCGUGACAGGAAAAUAUAAAAUGUAUUAUCAUAUUAAGUUAAUAUUAUUUGUAAUAUUACAGUUUAUUUUAAAUUAAUGAAAUUACAUCGCAAAGGAUAUUGAAUCCCAAUUCAUGUCUUCGAUAUUCACCUGCAUGAGACCCCUUCACGUUCCCAACAGGCAACAAAUAAGUAAAGAAUACUGAAGCCCCAUUCAUGUCUUCAAUAUUCACCUGCAUGAGACCCCUUCAUGUUCUCAACAGGUAAGAAAGAAGUAAAGAAUACUGAAGCCCCAUUCAUAACUUCAAUAUUCACUUGCAUGAGACUCCUUCAUGUUCUCAACAGGCAAGAAAUAAGUAAAGAAUACUGAAGACCCAUUCAUGUCUUCAAUAUUCAUUUUCCUAAUAAAUGAUGACAUUAAUAUAAUAUACUAUGAUAAACAAAAAUAAUUGUAAACAAAUAUCAGUAUUGUUUUUUACAACUAAAAUUAUUAAAAUAGUAACUAAUGAAAUCAAAAAUAUUAUUUAUUUCAAAUCAUUACAUAAAGAAAGAAAAUGAUCCUUGUAACACUAAUAACAAAUUAUUUGUAAUCAUAUACUUAUUCAUUCAUCGGUAUUACUAUUUCAACUUUGAGUAUCAGACUCAUAGUUUCGUUGAUAAACCAACCAAGGAUGAAUUUUAUCAACGGAAAAUAUACCACUAAAACGUCUACCCUUGCGUGAUAUAGGUGUAUCUUCGACUACAUAUCUAUCGUUAUCGAGAACCUUACAUAUACGAUAAGGAUCGCGAACUUUAGAAAUUAAUAUUCUGCUUUUACCUGUUGAAGGAAUCUCUCUCUAUUCUAACCAAAUCACCUACAACGAACUUUAAUAUUUUCCGCUUCUUAUCAAAACGCUCCUUUUGCUUUGUUUGGUCAAUUUUAAUUCGUUGCGAUAUUUCGUUCCUAAUACUAUGACUAUUAUUAGUAUUUUGUGCAUUUUCAUUAUCGGAAUCAUUGAAGACAUUAAUCUGCACCAAAGAAUCGUUGGUUUCUAUUAUUUUAAUACCGAAUAAAGCUUCUGCAGGAGUUU